CUGAAUUUUCUGACCUUUCUGCAAAUUCAUUUGAUCUCUCUACAGGGAAUAACCUGAAACCAUGACAUUCAUUCUAUAAGUACUUCCCUUUGCUCUUGCUUUUUGCCACACCUGACUUCCAUAUACAUUCUGCAAAUCUAUAUAUCCCUCUUCCUUGUUCAUUCCUUCACCUGAUAUUUUACCAGAGGCCACCAUGGGUGUUUUGACUUUUGAGAAGGAAAUUACAACUUCAAUCCCACAAGCUAAAACGUUCAAGGCCUUUAUUCUUGAAUCUGACACUCUUAUCCCUAAGAUUUUACCUCAAAUUACUAUAGAGUUCCUUGAAGGAAAUGGAGGACCUGGAACCAUCAAGAAGACUACAUUUGCUGAAGGUGGUGAAGUUAAGUACAUUAAAACCAAAGUUGAAGCAACGGACAAGGACAAUUUCAUGCAUUGCUACAGUGUUAUUGAAGGCGAGCCAUGGAUGGAUGAAUUAGAGAAGACCUCUUACGAAAUUAAAAUAAUAGCUUCUUCUGAUGGAGGAUCUAUUAUCAAGAGCGUUAGCAAGUAUUACCCAAAGGAAGGCUGUGAGCUCAACGAAGAAAGAAUCAAGGCUGGAGCAGAGAAGGCCUUUGGUAUAUUUAAGGCUAUUGAAGCUUAUGUCCUGGCAAAUCCUAAUGCCUGUUAAUAUUUUUAUGUCCAAUCUUGAUAUUAAAAAUCAGUUUUCAUGUUUUCUUGAUAUUUUCAUUUCUCUUUCUGUGGAGGGUCAAACCACUUUUGACCUCAUAAUAAAAAUUUGAAGUUGUAUA